CCUAUGGUCUAGGGAGCAUGAGCCGAUUUUGUCCGCGUAUCCACCAGAGCACUAAACCAAUCCUCGUGCAGUCAGUCGCGCUCUCAUAACUAGUUUUCAAGAAAAUGACCCAUCCAUCGUCUCCUCUUUCUGUCUUCAACAAAACGAUGAAUUGAAGCGUGUUACAGGCUUCCAGCUUCGACUUCAGCUUCACUCCGCCAUUCCAACCCUAUCAAAACCAAGAACAAGAAUAUUACUAAAGAAAAGUAAGGAAAAAGGAUACUUGAUUUCUCGGAAAUUAAGAUAUGAAACAAUUAUACAAGCAGCCAAGCCUGAACCACAGGCGAGAUGAGGAGAUCCCAUCAACCCAAACGCCUCCUUACUCACCCAAAUCCUUAAAACACCACAGAUCUCUCCCUAGAUCCAUUAACUAUCUCUUCAAAGAACAGCGGCUUCUGUUUAUACUCGUCGGCAUCUUAAUCGGCUCCACUUUUUUCAUCCUCCAGCCUACCCUCUCUCGCUUAGGCCCAACGGAGGCCCAUUCCUCAAUCCCCAGAUCUUUCUCCACCGACACCACCGCCUUCGCGGACGACGCUGUCGUUUCCCACACGCAGGACUCCUCCGAUUCCAACAGGCCUGUUCAUGGCAAGGUGGGGCGGGUCCCUGUUGGGAUCGGACGGCGGAGAAUGAGGAUCGUGGUCACCGGUGGAGCCGGGUUCGUUGGGAGUCAUCUUGUUGAUAAGUUAAUUGGAAGAGGCGAUGAAGUGAUUGUUAUCGAUAAUUUCUUCACUGGGAGGAAAGAGAAUGUGGUUCAUCUUUUCGGGAAUCCGAGGUUCGAACUUAUUCGACAUGACGUUGUUGAGCCAAUUCUCUUAGAAGUGGAUCAGAUCUAUCAUUUAGCUUGCCCUGCUUCUCCCGUUCAUUAUAAGUACAAUCCUGUCAAGACCAUCAAGACAAAUGUGAUGGGUACUCUUAAUAUGUUGGGGCUUGCAAAGAGAGUUGGGGCGAGGUUUUUGCUCACGAGCACGAGUGAGGUUUAUGGUGAUCCGCUUCAGCAUCCGCAGAAAGAAACCUAUUGGGGAAAUGUCAAUCCAAUUGGCGAGAGGAGUUGCUAUGAUGAAGGAAAAAGGACGGCUGAAACCUUAACUAUGGAUUAUCAUCGAGGUGCAGGUGUUGAGGUGCGAAUUGCUCGUAUUUUCAAUACUUAUGGGCCUCGCAUGUGCUUGGAUGAUGGACGUGUUGUUAGCAAUUUUGUUGCUCAGGCAAUCCGUAAGCAACCGAUGACUGUUUAUGGUGAUGGGAAACAAACACGAAGCUUCCAAUAUGUUUCUGAUUUGGUGGAUGGACUUGUUGCUUUAAUGGAAGGGGAGCGCAUAGGGCCUUUUAAUCUGGGCAACCCAGGAGAGUUCACUAUGCUUGAAUUGGCCGAGGUUGUCAAAGAAACAAUUGAUCCAAGUGCAACAAUAGAAUAUAAACCAAAUACUGCAGAUGACCCACAUAUGAGGAAACCGGAUAUCAGCAAAGCAAAGGAGCUGCUGAACUGGGAGCCAAAAGUCUCCUUGAGAGAGGGGUUGCCUCUUAUGGUGAGCGAUUUCCGGAAUCGCAUUUUGAAUGAAGAUGAAGGAAAAGGAGCUUAGAUGAAAAAGAAAUAGCAAAACAAAUAUGUAUAGUGUGAAGAGCAUCUGUAUUUUGUCAAUUCAUUUAUUGUUAUCAUCCAUGUUCUACAUUACCUGAAAAUUUAGCAGUUCAACCCAUCAAUAGGAAGAUCUGUUGUCCUUUCCUUUUAUGUUAACCAGUUCUAAUUGUUCACAUCUACACUGUGCAUUUGUUUGCACAUAGUCAAGUUUUGUAUUGACUGAUUCCUAAAGCUCCCUUGCCCUAAAUGGACUUAUCACUCAGUAGUGGAUACUAUCAGUUUUAGGGGGCUAUUGUGAGGUGAAUGGCAGCAAUUGCUUAAUUAGAUCAUGUAAUGCUUUUUAGUCUUUGCCCUUUGGUGGUCUGAGAGAAGUUGAAUGUUCAUCUUGAUGCUGAUUGCUAUAGCUUCUAAAGGCAUUAAUGCCCUUUCAAAGGCUUCACUUGGGCUUUGAUUGGGUUGAUUCGCUCAUCUGUAAGUUAUUCUUUCUUCUAAGUUCUAGCAAUAAGAAUAGCUUUAUUUUUCAUAUUUUCCCGCCUUUCAGUUUCUUGUUUUUUCAUUUCGUGGAAGGUAAAAAAAAAAAAAUAUCAUAAGGGGAAGAAGGGGAUGGGCUAACGGAUUUGGGUCACGAGAUGGUUGUCUCAAAGGCAGGUUAGGAGUUCACUUAAAUAUUUCUAGUCCAUGACAUGCCGAAAAGACAGUAACCCUUCAUUUGGGCCUCAAUUGUGUCAGUCUAGUCCAAAUCUGAAGUACUUAUAGCCACCGAAUGGGAUAAAGACGAGCUCCUUUUGGUGUUUUUCUUUGGAAAAUUGGAAUAAAAAUUGCAUGGUGUUAGACAGGAACACUUGGGUCGGGGACCAUUGAAUAAAGCG